GUUGAACUAACUCUCUAAGCUUGCGGUUCGUGCUUAUUCCGCCGGCGGCGGCACUUUCCUCUCUGGUUUCAACUGGCUGGAUAACCCACUACGACGUGAGGGACUCAGCACGUACUUGACUGCCAGAGGUGGUCUCAUACAUCAGGCCAAUCAUUAUGGCGUUCGAGUAUACCCUGGAAAAGCAAAACCUCGCCAAUCAUCUAUGGGCCAUAUCCUCCGCAGUGGGUGCCGGCCUCUGCUUUCUGGUUCUCUUUCUUGCUGGGCUUGUGUGGAUGCACCAGCCAUCACGACAUCACCUAGACAGAGUGAGCUUUAGGAUCGUUAUGUUAGCACUCGUGGGGAACUUGUUCUAUGCCAUUGCGAGUGCUAUCGGGGGCCAGUUGACAGGUCCAAGUUUUGGAUGUGGGUUCUCGGUCUUCAUUCUGCAGCUCACGCUACAGUUCUCGAACUUCUUGUUCUUCUCCAUUGCUCUUAAUCUUCAGCUUGUUGUAGUCCACGGUGUCGACGGUCGUAAGAUGAAGAAAUACUACGUCAUCGGAUCUACGUUCAUGUCCACUGCACUCACCGUCCCGGCGUACGCUGCGGGUCAAUACGGGUGGGACCCGCUUGAGUCAGUAUGCUGGUAUACGAGCGGUGAUAUGUCACAGCGAUUGGCGUGGCAGGUCAGCACGCAAAUGCUCUGGACGGGCUUAACAGUACUCGGCGAAGUCGUAACCUCAAUAGCGGUGACAACCUUUAUGGUUAGGCAUUAUAUCCGCCAGAAACGAAUCUUCACGAACAGUCAGGAGUCCUCCUCCUCUCAAGGACAAAGCCGAUCUCAAACUGGUGGGAUAACGACGUACAAUUCCCCUCAGAUCAUCCACGCGAACAGUUUCAAGACCAUCAUUGCCCGCGUCUCGCUUUAUCCUAUGGCUUCCAUACUUGUCAACGCGCUCACUAUCAUGACGUCUCUGCAUUCGACGAUCAGUCAGGGGAUCAAGACACAGACAGACUUCGACAUCAUGGCUCUCAGCGACUUCCUCUACGGCGGUAGAGCUAUCGUCUACGCGCUCCUCGCCGCUACCGAUCCCGCGCUUAUCCGAGGCCUCACAUCCCUCCUCCUACAUACCCUCCCCCUAUCGUGGCUUACUUUCUUCGGUCGCCAACCCCGUACAGACUCUCAGCACUCCUCCGUUCACUUCGCCACCUUCAGCAAGUCAAGUUUCAGCCGUCAACGUGGCCAGACGAACACAAUAGGGGGCAGAGGUGCCGGUGCCGGGGGUGGGUCUGAGGGCAUGGUGGUCACAAUUGAGCUGGAGACCGUCAGGGAGCCUGACUAUGCCGUUGGGCUAGAAACAAGGGAAGCAAUGGGCCCGGAUAAGAAGGGUGCGAGUCGGGUGCGAGACGACAUCGAGCAGGAAGAAGAGGAGAGCAGGAAGGCGACCGAUACCAAAAUCCGGGAUCUUGAGGAGUCGGAUACGGGUUUCAGGGACGGGUCGAUACUACCUUCGUCAAGAGCAGUGAUUGAUGUCGAUGGUCUGCCUGCAUUUGGAGGGCCAGUGGGAUCAGGGAGAAGGGUUAGCUUGGACGGUCAGGGGGUCGAAGACGAUGAGGGUAGAGGCAGGCAGCGAAGGUCUUGGGACGCGGGUGCAGCUAUGAGGAGAAGACAUAGAGAGGCGAUGAGGCGGGAGGAAGAGGAUGCAUUUGGGAGGCAACUUUGACUGUCUUUUCGUGUUUGUAGAGCUAUGCACUGAUUUAUGAAUUACAC